AUGCAGUCACUCCAAUGGAUGCUUGUGAAUGUCGGCCCCAGCAUCAUCGACUUCGGGAUCACUUGCUUCCAGCACCACAAUCCCUCCGACGUUCAAAGCGCUGUACAGGCUCUGCCCAGCCUGCACCGCUUCCGCUGCAAGUCCAACAUCGCUGUGCAUGCUGAUCAAGUGGAUUUAUCAAUCAAUCGUUUCAUUCUCGGGAUGCUCGCCAACGACGUGCUUCCCAGUGUCGCCUUCAACCUGGAGGAACUCGAAUUCUACUUUCAAGCCGUGUCUGAUGGUGACCGACUUUCGUUCGACAUGCCCUGUUGGACUGACCUCGCGCAAGCGGUCGAGCGCUUCGCAAGUCUCAAGAAAUUGGUCCUUCGUAUUAUGCCUCACGGCCCCUCCGUCCUCCUCUACGCCGCAUCUGCCUGCGCGAUCCUCGUCGGCGUGUCGCUCCUCGCCACGUUCGUCCUCCUCUGCCGCUGGCACACGCGCCGCAAGACACGCGCGCUAGACCACGGGAUCAACCAGCUCGCGGCGGAUUGUAGUAAUACGGCGAUCAGCUUCGCUCCCUCCCGUGACUACUCCUGGCACUCCUUCCACCCAUCCACCUUCGCCUCCUCCGCCGACUCGCCCAUUGUCACGUCCCCACAGCCCCUCACCGUUGGAACUCACCUCCGCCCGCGCGCGCGGAGCACAACGUGCGUGCGCGGUGCGGACCCGAGCGUCCCGUGCGGCUGCCCCUGCUGCACAGUCACUGCGCGCUCGAGCACCCUCUCGCGUACCCUCGUCACGUCCUCGAUCUCCUCCCCGCAUUGCUCGCUCUCCACCAUGAUCUCGGUCCCCGGCUUCUCCCCUGACGUCGGCCUGGACGAGCGCGCGAGCCCGUCCUCCACCCGCGCGACGCACGGCAGUGUGCACCACACCGCACGCCUCACGCCCUUCGCGAGCGUGCGCGUCCCCCGCGCCGCGCACCGCGCCGCAGUUCCCGGGGCCGGGUCAGCCCCCAACGCCUCUCCCUCCCCUCCCCUCCCCGGGCCCUCCCCCACAGGCCGCUUCCACGCCUCGCGCCCUGCGCCCCGCGCGAAUGCCGAGAACGCGCACCGCUCCCCACCCGUCGAGCGCCCGUCGCCUCAAGUGCGCACGCCCGCAUCCCCGGAGAUGUGGCACGCGUGGGUGCUGUACCAGAGCGAAGGGGCGGCGGCGGCGGCGGCGAGGACACGUCUGCCUGCGCCCGCACGGACGGGCUGUGGCAUGGGGAUCGGAAUCGGGAUUAACACGGGACUGGGCGCCUCGCUCGCGCCCGCGCCCGCAGGGAGCCCGCCUAUGCUCUCGGACGACGCGGGCGCGACGCUCUUGGGUCCGUCGUCGCCCCCCGUUGGCGGCGCGGGGCUCGCCGCGCAGGCGGCCGGGGGCCCGCUCAACUCGCUGCAGCUCGCGAUCGCGCGCGGGAGACUGGGACCUCCGCUCGGUCCGCGCGAGCCGGUGCACCGGGACUCGCGCAUGCCCGGCGCAGCCUAUGGAGCGGUUCCGGAAUCCGAGGUUGCGAAUGCUGUGGAGGGCGAUGGGUCCAGUCGGGCGCAGGGUUGGGACGCGCGCGGGGAAGAUGACUCGGAACGAGAGUCGCGGCCGGAACCAGAGAGGGCGAAGUGGUUUACCGACGUGGAAUGGUAUGGGGACGGUGGUCCGUAG